AUGUCACUCAAGAAUAUCGCGCUAUUCGGCGCCAAUGGCCAAAUUGGCGGCUCAAUCCUCAAAGCCCUGACGAACCACACAUCGCAAAGGUUCAGCCUCCUAGCCAUCAAAGCUCCAGACUCACCUUCACCACCCGAAGCCUCGAACAAAAAUGUCACAAUCAAAGAAAUGGAUCUGCUGCACACAUCACGUAAACAAAUGGCCCAGGAACUCCAAGGCAUAGAUGCAGUUGUCAGUGCAUUAAACGGACCAGUUCUAGAAGCUCAAAUCGACAUUCAAGACGGAGCAGCAGAUGCAGGAGUCAAGCGAUUCAUUCCCUCGGAGUAUGGUAUGCACCACAUAUACCGCAAGCCCAAUGAUCCACAGGGCUACAUCCAUCCACUCUGGGACGCCAAAAGCAGACUCAAUGAACGCGCUAUUUUGCACCCAGCCAUCAAAGAGGGCAGAAUGUCGUAUACGAUGAUAGGCUGCGGAGACUUUUACAACCAAGACCGCGAGAAAGUUUGGUGUCCUUGGACUCAGACGGAUGUGGAUGAAUACACUUUUCACGUCAUCGGCGACCCCAAUGCCAAAGCCGAUUACACACAUAUCUCAGACUUUGGACUUUAUGUAGCUGCUUGCUUAUCCUCCCCCUCUGUCUCCGAAAACGCCCACCUAAACUUCCCUUCCGACCACAUUUCCCACGUCGAGAUAGCAGACCUCCUCAAAAAUUAUUCUGGCAAAAAAGUAAACCUGGAUGUUAUGGGUGAAGACAAGAUGCACGAGGUGGUUGCAGACCCAAAAUCAGCUCCAGAACACCUCCAAAAUAAAAGUUCUUUUCCAGUGGACUUUUGGUUUUUGGUCAAAGGGAUGCAGGGAAGUGGGAGGUUCUGGCGUCCGAGGGGCAUGAAUCACAAUCAUCUGUUCCCAGAGAUUAAACCCACUACUUUUGAGGCAUACUUCAAGCAGCGUUUUCAGAAGAGUUGA